CCUAAACGCCUCACCUACUUCCUAACAUUAUCUCUCUCUCUCUCUCUCUCUCUCUGUCUGCAAUUUUGGGAUGACCAAAGGAUAGAGACAAUGUCUACUCUCUCUCUCCGCUCUCAUUUCCUCUCGCCAACCUCUCCUCCAAAGCUCGAUUCCUCCAAAACCCUAAUUUUUUUUACCUCUUUCAAUGAAAACGCGAACCGUUUCGCUUUCUUCAAAGGCACCUCCACACGCCCUCGAAUCGUCUGUUCUUCUUCUUCGAAGGACGCCUCUAGCGAUAACAACCCGAGCAACUUUUGCAUCAUAGAAGGACCGGAAACCGUCCAGGAUUUUGUUCAGAUGCAGCUGCGGGAAAUCCAAAAUAACAUAAGGAGUAGACGCAAUAAGAUCUUUCUCCUCAUGGAAGAGGUAAGGAGAUUACGGGUGCAAGAGCGCAUCAAGGGUGUGAAAGGUAUUGAAGAGAGUGGUGAGGAAGAAGCUGAUGAGAUGCCCGAAAUGCCGUCGACUAUUCCUUUCCUCCCUCAUUUGACACCAAAGACGAUGAAGCAGCUGUACUUGACUAGCUUGUCAUUUAUAGCUGGGAUAAUUGCAUUCGGGGGCCUUAUUGCUCCAACACUGGAGUUAAAAUUAGGUUUAGGUGGCACCUCAUAUGAAGAUUUCAUACGCAGCAUGCAUUUGCCUUUGCAGCUAAGCCAGGUUGAUCCCAUUGUGGCAUCUUUUUCGGGUGGGGCUGUGGGUGUCAUUUCAGCUCUGAUGUUAAUUGAAGCUAACAAUGUGGAGCAACAAGAGAAGAAAAGAUGCAAAUAUUGCCAUGGAACUGGUUAUUUGGCCUGUGCUCGAUGUUCUACAAGCGGUGUAUGCCUGAGCAUUGAUCCUCUUUCAGUAUCCACCGCUUCUGAUCGCCCUCUGCGAGUGCCGACAACGAAGAGGUGUCCAAACUGCUCCGGUGCAGGAAAGGUGAUGUGCCCGACAUGCCUGUGCACUGGGAUGUUGAUGGCUAGCGAACAUGACCCACGAAUAGAUCCGUUUGACUGACAAGGAUUGGAGGCCUUCUCUGUAAUUUUCUUCUAAUGUAACUCAGGAAAAAAAUAAAUAAAAAGGUAAACAUUUUGUUGAAAGACAAA